AUGCUUUUUGCAGUUGAUGAUGCUAAAGAAGCAGAACUGCCAUAUUUUGCAUCUCCGUCUGGAUAUGAUCAGGAUGAUCAAUACUAUGCUGAAAACUAUUCGAAUUCUCCAAAAGUACUGAGCAAUCUGGCUCAAGUAAUUGAAAAUGCCAUUCAACAAAUGAAUUUCGAAACUGCUGUAUUCCUAUCUGAACUGCUGUAUACAGAAUCACUGGGAUUCGACAAACACAACUUCUAUAGAAUUAAUUCGACAUAUCUAUAUUGCUUAUCAUUAUACAUGAACAGAAACUAUCAUACUGCAUUCGAAAUUUCAAAGACUAUGAAAAGCUUACACAUUUCCAUCGCUUAUAUUUACGGACGCUGUUGCCUCGAAUUAUCUAGGGAUGAAGAAACGGCAUGUCUAAUAUUAGUAAUGAGGUUAGACGAAUUUCACAGGGACUUCAAUGACCACUUCAUAUCGAUGCCAAAUCUGGCAACAAUACAUUCAUUAAUAGGAAAACUAUAUCAAAGGGUAGACAAUACGAAAUCUAGUAUUCAGCAUCAUAUUGAAGCACUCAAAAUUGAUCCAUUUUUAUGGGAGUCAUUAUCUGCAUUGUGCAACAUGAAGGCACUUGUCGAUCUAAAAUUACUAUUUUAUGGAUCAGAUAAACAGAAAAGAAGUUUGUACAGCAACAGUACAACCCAAGAGGACUUUAAAGAUGAAUCAAAGAAAAGCUAUACCAAAGUCGGAAAUAAUGUAAUUACAUCACCUUCCUUGAAGGGAUCAUACAAUGAUAUUCAUGAAAUGACUGAUAUCUCACAAAAUUUAUACAAAAAAUCUGAAGAUUUCAGAAAAAAACAAUCCGAUAUGACUGCAACGUCAAAUAAGAAGAAGAAUUUACUCUUCCACUCUCAGUUACCUUCCGUAAGCUCUAAUUCAGUCACUAAAUCGAACGUGGGCGAUAAGGAUAAAUUGUUAAACACUCCUCCAUCAAAAUUGAUCAUGAAUGACUCGAGAGCUAGUUUCAAAACGCCUCGUAAUAUCAUGAAAACUACUAAUACGGGUAGUACCAUAAAGAGAAGGCUAAAUUUGAACUCAUCUGCCAAUCGCGAUUAUAUUAGGGCUAAUCCAACUUUUCUAUCAGAUCCUUCACCAAAUUUGAACAAUGAUAUGGAUGAAUUGAGAGAUUUGAUUUAUAUAUUCGCCAAAAUAUUAAAGUCCACAGUAACUUUCAACUGUUAUAAUGCAAUAAGAAUAAUACGGGAACAACUGCCAACUCAUUUAGGAAAAUACAUGCCUUGGUGUCAGGCACAACUAGGCAAGUUACAUUAUGAAAUUCAAAACUAUAAAAUGGCCUUGAGCCACUUUGAAAGAUUACGCAUUAUACAACCAACUAGAUUGAAUGAUCUUGAAAUAUUUUCCACCUUAUUGUGGCAUCUACAUGAUAAAGUAAAGCUAUCCAAUUUAGCGAAUGAACUAAUCGACAAUUUCCCAGAAGCUGCACAAACAUGGUGUGUACUAGGAAACCAUUUUUCUCUCCAAAAAGAUCAUGAUGAGGCAAUAAAAGCUUUCAAUAAGGCAACAGAAUUGGAUCCAAGAUUUGCAUAUGCAUACACUCUACAAGGUCACGAAUAUGCAAGCAAUGAAUCAUUUGAUACAGCAAGGACAUUUUACAGAAAAGCAUUGGCUUGUGAUUCUCAGCAUUAUAACGCAUAUUAUGGUCUCGGUACAUGUGAUUCUCAAAAUGGCAACCAUGAUAGAAGUCUACUCUUUUUCGAAAAGGCAAGGAUGAUUAACCCAGUUAAUAUUGUGUUAAUUUGCUGCUGUGGUGUUGAAUUAGAAAAAGUGCGAAAUUAUGAGUUGGCUUUAAAAUACUAUGACUUUGCAAGUAAAUUACAACCCAAUUCGGCACUGGCAAAAUAUAGAAAGGCUGAAUUGCUAUUUUCCCUUGGAAGAUAUAGUCUAGCCGUAGAACUUUUUGAAGAUUUGAUAAAGUUAGAUUCAGAAAACCCCAAUUUACAUUAUAUGCUUGGAAAAAUUUACCAGACAAUGGGUAGAAAAAAGGACGCUGUAAAGGAGUACACCGUAGCAAUGAACUUGGAUCCAAAGGGAAACCAAUAUAUAAUAGAUGCUUUGGAAAAUUGUCAUGCUCAAGACUGA